UCUACGCAUGCGCUUUGUCUAUGAUAUUAUUGAAACGCGCCACGAUCCGCGCGGGGCAACCGUUUGACAUUUAUUCCCGGGCGAAUUUAAACCUUAUCAUCAGUGUUUGAACUCUGUAUAUCGCUGACGGCUGGUUCCGGAUACCGAGAUGACGGACAGUGAGCACCAGUGGGAGCUCACAAAAGAAAAUAUCCAGCCGUUAAAGCAGGGACGUGCCAUGUCGUCCCUACAAGUCGCAUUGGUUCCCCAGUGUCGCGAUGCACUGGAAGACCGAAGAAGAGAAUUUGAAGCAGAACUGCGCACGUACUCGGGAGACGACCCUCUUCACGUCUGGCACGAGUACAUGCUCUGGAUCGAGCAGCAUUAUCCUGCUGGAGGUCACAAAGUGCACAUGCCUGGGCUACUGGAAAAAUGCAUCCAGCAGUGUUUCGACAAUCAGAAAUACGAGAAAGACCCUAGGUUCUUGGACGUUUGGCUACGAUAUGCCACCUUGGUUAAUGACACCACAGAGGUGUUCAAGAUGAUGCUCCGGAGGAACAUAUGUACCUCGAUGGCAAAGUUUUACGUGGCUGUUGCGAAUCACCACGAGUCAAUGGGCAACUUUCGUGCAGCAUCUGCUAUGCUAGAAGAAGGAUUACAGCGUGGUGCUCAACCAGCCUCUGUGCUACACACUGCAAAAAGCCAACUGGAAGUGCGUGUGGGGCGCAGUGUUAGAGAGGCAGUAGAAGAUGGACACAGCACCGAACAAAGGGAAGGUGAAAUGCUUCCUCCUGCAGACCAAGAGUUGCGCACUGUGUUGGGUGCACUGAAGCCUCAUGGAAAGAAAGCCGUCGUUGGAACCACACGCGUUGGAGACUUCAAGCUUUCCAUGCAAGGUGGUGUGUCCGCAUGUCUACCAAGUGGAGAUACAAGGCCAACAGGAAAUAAAAGAAAGGUGCAAGUGCUUGACGAAAACAAACCAUCAACGUCGUCCGCUGUGGUCAGCGCACCAACAGCUUUCACAGAAGCAUCAAAGGAAAGCAAAGAAAAUGCCCAACAGGCAGGAAAAUGGUCCAAAGCAAAGGCUCCUCAAAAACGAGUACCAGUGAGUACUGUACAACAAAAGUUUCAAAUACACGAGGAAGAGAAUGCAAAUGUGCUGGCGCCAUUGCCCAGUGUGCUGCCCCCUAAUGUUUUGAGCUCCCACAAGUCCACCGAAUUCGCCGAUUGGGUUACUCCACGAAUGCUUUUUGAACCACAAGAUCCGAGCAAAAGGGUCAUGUAUGACAAGGGCAAGGUUUAUGCCGGUACUACGGAGUUUCAAUUUGAAGAAAUACGCUUUGCCAAGAUGCAAGCUCAGCAGCUUGAACAGGAAAGACGAGAAAAAGAAGCUGCAAGGGACCAAGAAAUUCAAGAGCUUCGGGCAAAGGUGGAGAGUUUGACGCGUCUUCUGUCAAGACUGCAAACUGGUGGAAGUGCAAACGCCGAAAGGAUCCGAGCACUGAAAGAGAACAUAACAAUGGCUGAACAGUCUAUUUUAUCUGAAAAUCAUCAAAACAUCCCUGCAUUACCCAGACAGCACACACCAGAAUGUGAGACGUCAUCGUCAUCUUGUGGAGUGGCUACUGACAACUCUUCUCAGCAACGGUGCAAGGACAGUGCAACCGCAGACUUGUCACGUGUCGUACGUGGGCUUUGGGAUGGCACCCUGUCGACGGAGGAGACUGGCGCUACCAACCAUUUGGAAGCAGCGGUUGUGGCCAAGAGGGCUGCUGCAUUUGAAAUAUUUGCAGACCCUACACAGUUAGUGAAUGCCCCUCACCCUGAAAAUGAAGUAGUGAGGACAGAAAACAACGUUGCUACACAGGGCGUGGAAAAUGUGCCAUGUGGUGUUGAAGAAAACGCAGAUGAAGAGCACGACGAGAACUGUGCUCCAUACGGCUAUGUUCCUCCUCCAAAGCUCUUGCGAAGGCUGUCUGGCAUUCUGCAGCCAUCUGAAGAUAUACCUGUUGCUCCAAUUGACGAACAAGAUGGAAAGGUCCAGAAUGAUGAUGACAUGGCUGGCAUCCACCCAUUUCACGACGACGUCAACGUAACGAACUUUGGAUCCAGCAGUGCCUUCCUGAAAAAGAAAACGUCCACGCCAUUUCCGACGGAGGAGAAGCAUGAGGUCGAAGACUUCACGGUGGGGCCGCUGGCAGCAUUGAACGCUGUGCGUAUUCCUGGAGAAAUUAAAGGACUUGACCAGGGUGUUAGCACAAUGCCACAUCCUAACACCACCCUGAACCAGCCAACACGUGAUUUGAGCGUUAUCCUAGAAUGUAGCAAGGAAACCUCCAGCAAGUCGGGAUCUUCGAGCAGCGGAAGCAGUGCUGCUUCAAUCAGCGGACAUGCAACUAGUGUCUGGGCAUCUCGCCAGCAGACUGUGCCGCUGAGCGCCGUAGAAGAACAAGUUGAAGAAACCAACCAUGUGACCACAGGAUGCAACAGUCGGGCUGAUGAAAGUAUCCAUCUUUCUUCCGCACCUUUAAACCCAUUUGAUAAAGAUGUACAGAAUGCCUUCAUGGCUCACUUGGAAGUCCCCCCAGAAGACCGUCCUGGGUUCAGUUACUUGGACCACAAUGUGCCACCGUUGCGUCCCGGCAGCAGCAUUACGAUUGGCAGUCAAGGUGACCAGUAUUAUGUGUCAAAGCAGGUGGCCCAAGGGGCAUACGGCAAAGUGUACCACGCAAAAUUGCUUCCAGAGGGCAGCAUUCUCAUGGAUGAUGAGACUUGCCCAGAGGAGGCUGUCGCAGACGUAGUUCUGAAGGUGGUCAAGCCAUGUGAUAAUUUGUGGGAGUUCUGCAUCAUGGCGGAACUAGCGGCGCGACUAACUGCUUCAGGGUUGCCAUCUGUGGCCAGGUCAGUGGCUUCUGCUUAUGUUGGAGCCUUCUACAAGAAUGGUAGCGUCCUGGUCAUGCCCUACUGCCAAUAUGGGACACUGCUUGACCUGGUCAACGUGUUCAAGCAUCGUGGAGAGUCUGUCCCGGAGUGCCUCACACUAUAUUUCACACUCGAGAUGCUGAUAGUGCUCGCAAAAAUGCACAGCGUCGAGAUCAUUCAUGGAGACGUGAAGCCUGACAACAUUCUGAUAUUGGACUUCCCAGAUGAUUCUGGAUGCACCAGCAAUUUGGCUAAGGAGACGUCCUGCAUCUACUUCACGGACUUCGGGCGAGGCAUCGAUAUGAGACAGUAUGAACGUGGAACAACUUUCAAUUGUGUUGUAGACACUGAUGGCUUCCAGUGUGUCGAAAUGAAAGAUGGGCGGCCUUGGACAUACCAGACUGAUUGGUAUGGGUUUCUGGGAUGCGUCCACACCCUACUAUUCGGCACUUACAUGGAGACUCAGAAGAAGGCUGACGGAACUUGGGACAUCAAACAGAGGCUAAAAAGGUACUGGAAGCAGGACAUAUGGGGCAACCUGUUCACUACCCUGCUCAACAUCCCAAGCUGUUCUGAAAUCCCCGAUGUCACACCCUUUAUUUGGGCCAUUCAUGCAGCACUCCAAGAGGGCAAGGCUGUGCAGGAACUUAUCAUACGUGCGAAAAAGGCGAAGUACUGGAUGAACAAAACUCUGUGAAUCACUUCCCAUUUACUAGACUGUAUUUCGUGUGCUGUGCACAUCAUAUUUGCUCGUGCUGUACUUCAUCAAAGAAAUUUAAUUCAUUGAAGUGUUAGUAGCAUAAAUACAACUCUUAUCGACAGAACAUUCUUGUGUUGGGAAAAAGAAACGCUGAAGAGACGGAGAGCCUGGGUCACUGCUGGUAGUUUCCAAAAAUGAAUGGGUUUAGUAUAUUGGUCUGUUGGUAACUCUGUGCCUGUAUUUCUGAAAGGAAAAUGUGACGAAAGGUGGUCAUCAGAGAUGGGGUCUACAAUGAAAUGAACAAAAUGUGUACUCACGUCCUUUCUGAUAUUGCUGAAGAGCAUUCUUACGUUCCUCAGCAUCAAAGUACCAGACAGUGAUGGCAAAUCUGCAGAAAUAAUCAAGUGUUGAAUGCAGUCCUGGUAUUUUUAUGUCAUCAGACUACGUUUGCAAAUCCAAAGAAACAAAGCUCUGUUGUACCUGACAAAAGUGAACAGUAAAAAAAAGACAGAAAAUCA